GGCCCGCUCCUUCCCACACGACACGCCUGCCACUCCUGCCUGGGCCUGCGCCUGGAGCUCAGGACGGCCCCGCCCCCCGAGGGCGCCUCCUCCUUCAGCCUCCGGAUAGGGCGGGAGGAGAGGAGGCCGCCCCGAGGCUCUCCGCUGCAGAGCUGCAAAGCCCUCGGCCUGCGCCCCUGCCCUCCUCGGCAAGUCUCCAACAGGUCCCGCAGUGCUUUCGCCAGCAGCUCUGCCCGCCCUGCCUCUGUGCUUGCCUCCUUCGAAGAUGCUGAGUUCCCAAAACCUAGGAACAGCAGCAGACCACGAACAACCUUGGACGCGCAUCUCCAACGGGCGUUAGCCCAUGUUCCCGCCGAGCGUGAGGGACCUUUCCUUGCUGUCCACCCGGGGCGCCCCCGCGCUUCUCCAAGGAGGCCCAAGGCUCUGUGUGGCGACCGGGCCCAGCACAGGGAGGCUGUGCAGAGCGUGGAGUUUACUCCGUAUUGGUACCCUGCAGAGGUUGGCAACAUCUGACCCGCUCUACAGACUGCUCCAUGUCAUUGUGGGGCAGGUAGCUGAGGAGUUCGAGACCGUGCUCAGCACCGCGUUUGGGGCAAGUGGGACCGAGAGGCUUGGGGAAACAGGCCGCUGUGAGAACGACAGUUUAGCAGCGACUAUGGACCCUGCGAGCUUGUGGCCACAAGAGGGCGUCCGGGAGUACGGCCCAGUCCCCGCCCCAGUUGGUUGGGGCCCGACCUCUUCCUCGAGUUCCUCCUCCGGCCCCAUCCACCGUCAGCACUCGCCUGCUUCCCUUCUGCGCGAGCCCACACAGCUCCCCAGGCCCUUCACUGGCACAGCAGCGGCAGGCAUGGCGGCAAACGUGGAGCAGCGUGAGGGCACCAUCCAGGUGCAGGGCCAGGGUCUCUUCUUCCGAGAGGCCCGGCCCGGCAGUGGGCAGGUUCGCUUCUCUGUACUGCUGCUGCAUGGUAUCCGCUUCUCCUCCGAGACCUGGCAGAACCUGGGUACACUGCGCAGGCUGGCCCAGGCUGGCUACCAGGCUGUGGCCAUUGACCUCCCAGGUCUGGGGCACUCCAAAGAAGCAGCAGCCCCUGCCCCUAUUGGGGAGCUGGCCCCUGGGAGCUUCUUGGCGGCUGUGGUGGAUGCCUUGGAGCUGGGCCCCCCAGUUGUGAUCAGUCCAUCACUGAGUGGCAUGUACUCCCUGCCCUUCCUCACGGCCCCUGGCUCCCAGCUCCGGGGCUACGUGCCAGUGGCCCCCAUCUGCACUGACAAAAUCAAUGCUGCCAACUAUGCCAGUGUGAAGACUCCGGCUCUGAUUGUAUAUGGAGACCAGGACCCCAUGGGUCAGACCAGCUUUGAGCACCUGAAGCAGCUGCCCAAUCACCGAGUUCUGAUCAUGAAGGGGGCGGGGCACCCCUGUUACCUGGACAAACCGGAGGAGUGGCAUACGGGGCUGCUAGACUUCCUGCAGGGGCUGGAGUGAAGCACAGCACUGCUGCAGGGGGUGGGCUGCCUGCCUGCUCUGAUAUCUCUCUCUCUCUCUCUCUCUCUCUCUCUCUCUCUGUCUCUGUCUCAUGCUCUCUCUUCUCUCAUAUGCUCUGGCCCAUGCACAUGCAACAGGUGCGUCUGUCUAUAUGUCUGCGUUCUUGUCUUUUGUAGUCUGUCUUUUCUGUUUCUUUCUUUUGCAGUAAUAGACUGAGGAGGUAAAAUCAAGAGAAAGAAACCUCAAGAAUCAAGGAACAUAAUCCGGUGGAGGGUAAUCCUUUAGAUGAGCUUCUCCUGUUCUUCCACUUUCCUGCCUAGCUUUUACUCCUUCCUCUGCUCUGCCCAGCCUUCCCCUGCCACCUCUCCUCCUUCUCCAAAUGCCUUGCAGGCCAGCUCUUCCCCCAACACCCACUUCCCCACAUACAUACAUGCCUACCUGCACACUUACAUGUUUAGAGCCAUCCAUGUUCCCCAAUAUGACCCUUCGCUUGAGAGCAACUGCAUAGGUACACGUAACUCUGGACCAGCAUGCACAUUCUCAUGUGCAGCUGUGCAUAUACACACAUGCAUACGUGAGGGGGUGUUUUCGUAGUGUAGUGGUUAUCAUGUUUACCUAACACAUUCAUACUUGAGCCUCCACACAAGCACUUGCACACAUGAGCACUUCUAACCAUGGCUGGGGAAGUGGGGACCCCUUGGGCCAGCCCUUGCAGGAGACCCUUUUGCAAGGCUUAGGGUGUGGCCAGCCCAGAAAGCUACUCAGCCACAGGUUUCAGCUGGCCCCAGGCCGGAAGUGGCCCCCAGAAAGGCAGGGCCACCACUCUGUCCCCUUGCUUUUACCAUUCCUUCUGGGUGCUCUGCAUCUCCCCAGGUUACCAAGCCUGAGGCUUCUCAGCGAAGCUUGAUUCCUGCUCUGAGGCUUGAGGGGUGGGAGCCAGAGUGGAGGUCGGUAAAAUAAAGUGAUGCAAUUAGA